UGUGAGGAAGUGAAGGAAGAAAAUGCCUGAACCCGCCAAGUCAGCGCCCAAGAAGGGCUCGAAGAAAGCCGUGACCAAGACCGCCGGCAAGGGCGGCAAGAAGAAGAGAAAGACCAGGAAGGAGAGCUACGCCAUCUAUGUGUACAAGGUGCUGAAGCAGGUUCACCCCGACACCGGUAUCUCGUCUAAGGCCAUGAGCAUCAUGAACUCGUUCGUCAACGACAUCUUCGAGCGUAUCGCCGCUGAAGCCUCCCGCCUGGCCCACUACAACAAGCGCUCCACCAUCACCUCCAGGGAGAUCCAGACCGCAGUUCGCUUGCUUCUCCCCGGUGAGCUGGCCAAGCACGCCGUGUCUGAGGGCACAAAGGCCGUCACCAAGUACACGAGCUCCAAGUGAACUGCAUCUUUACUUAACCCCAAACAACGGCUCUUUUCAGAGCCACACAUCUCUUCUAAAGAGUACAUGUCCUGACUUUAUUUAUUUAAAUUGUAGCUGUCAUGAUGGUGAAAAAUAAACUACAGCUUGUGUUUCACGGACUUAAUAAUGGACAACCUGACCAGAGCAGUCCUAACGCUACCACUAUAUCAUUUAGCAUUAUUAUUAUUAAUUUAAUUUUAUUUUUUAUUUUUUUUGGGGGGGUGUGUCAUGUUUUGUGGUCCCUUGUCUGCGAAAAGCACUGAAUAAAUACACUUGUGGGUUCCUCAGAAAUAAUGUGAACAAGAGCUUAUUGAGCUCAUCCUGGUGAGGCAAAUGUUUGGCUUCAAAUCACAAUUCUGAUCGUAAAAUCUGGACAGGAUUACAAAUACAAUAAAUAAACGCGAUUUGUUACAGUUUCACAUUUCAAACUACAGUGACAUCCUCCCUGUGUGUGAUCUAUACAUGUGUUAAUCGUUAUGUCAAUAAGUCUUAAUGUAGUUCAACACUUAUGCUAGACUCUGGGUAAAACGUUAAGAGGGUGUGUGGUUUUUGUUA